UGAAUAAAUCGGUUGUCGUCGGUCCAAGUCCAGUCCCCCACAUCCGAGUCCAAAAUCCCCUCCUUGCUAACGGACAGCACAGUGUAAAGGCGCGAGUGAUACCCCCAUUCUCCAACCAUUCUGAGAGAAAGAGAGAUCUAGAGUGCAGUUUACGCCGUAGCUUAUCAAGGAUAGAGAUCCCCAAAAGAAAAUUUAACAAAAUGUUCCGCUUUCUCGCCCUGACCACCCUGGUGGCCCUGGCUGCCAGCCAGAACAACUACCACCAGGACCCCAAGACGGCGGCCAUCAUCAGUGAGCAGAGGUACCUGUCCGGCGACGGGAAAUUCGGGGCCGCCUACGAGCAGGAGGAUGGCAUCAACUUCAAGGAGGAAACCGAUUCCGAUGGCACCCGCCAUGGCAGCUACAGCUACGUGGAUCCCUCCGGACAGCGUCGCACCAUCUCCUACACGGCAGGCAAGAAUGGCUUCCAGGCCUCCGGCGACCAUCUGCCGCAGGCGCCGCCCGCACCACCGCAGCCCGUGCCCACCGCCGGUUACCAGCCACAGCCGCAGUACCAGCCCCAGCAGCAGCAGCAGCAGUACCAGGCACCCGCCCCCCAGCACCAGCCGUCCUUCCGCAGCAACGACUACGAUGACGGGUCGUACGAUCCCCGCUAUAACGAUCCCAGCUUCGGCCAGAACCAGCAGACUUAUCAUCAGCCGGCUCCUCAGCCGCAGUACCGCCCCGCCCCGCAGCCCGCCUACAAUCCGGCCCCACAGCAGACGUACCACCAGCCUGCCCCACAGCCGCAGUACCACCAGCCGCAGCAGCAGCCCCAGCAGCAGCCGGCGUAUUACACCACGACCACGCCCAACCCCCAUCGAUUCUCGCCGCCCGGCAAGCUCUCCCUCAACCGCACGCCCGACGGCUUCACCUACUCCUUCAACAAGGUCUAAGGGAUCUUAUAUGGAGACAUAGAGAUAGUUCUAGAUGUUGCAUCUUCUUCAUUACUCUUUACUCUCUCCUCCCCCCUAACGCCCCAACGCCCCAACGCCCU